CUAGCGAGUGAGCAAGCAAGAGAGAGAGAGAGAGAGAGAGAGAGAGAGGGAGAGGGAGAGAGAGAGGAAUGCUGUGAUGUCACCAGCGGAUUCAUACAAAGGCACAAGGAUCGUCUGAGCUCCUGCUCUCUAGCCAUAGCCUCCACACGUUCCUGCCCCGUGGACCCCAUCUGUACCCCUCCGCAUCCAGCUGGUGUCCAUCGUGCGGGACGGGCAUGAGCUGCGAGGCGGCUGGCCAGUAGAGGGAGCUUUCUAGCCCUGCCGCUGUGCUGUCUGUAAGACAGUGCUGCCACGCCCCCCCCCCUUCCCCCCAUCUGGAAGACAGAAGAGCCCCCUGCCCCCUGCCCCAAAAACACACCACCAUGCUGCAGCAGAUCCUGAAGGACAUGUACAUCGACCCGGACGUGCUGGAUGCCCUGAACGAGGAGCAGAAGAAGAUCCUGUUCCUCAAGAUGAGGCAGGAGCAGGUCCGCCGCUGGAAGGAGUGCGAGGAGAAGCUGGAGAAGGAGGGCAGCGCUGCUCUGAAGCCCAAGACGAGGAAAGGUCCCGCUAAGAACGUGAGCUGGCGCCUCGGCCGGGACGGGGACGUGCAGGUCGACGUGAUCAGAGAGGAGGACGAGCCGCGGUCCUCCCCGCUGAUCCUGCCGCGGCUCUCGGAGCCGAAGGACUCGGACCUUCGGAGCAGCACGCGAGAGCGGGGGGUCCUCAGGAGCAGCCUGGUAAAACAAGGUACAGCUGAAGCGGUGCAAUCUGGGACAGAAGAGCCUCCACCCUCAGGGCAGUCAGACAUACACCUGCACUUCAAGGGGGUCCCACCUGCCUCGGAACCAGGGCGGCAGGCCCUGCCCUCUCAGGUAAACAGCGAAGACUUGAAGUCGGACGCACGCUGCCGCCCUCUGCAGGAGCAGCCGGGAACCGCACGUGACGCUCAGCCCCACGGCGUCUCCCAGGAAGAGUUGAAAUCGCUGUCGACCACGGGACCGGGAGAGGAGGAGAACGACGACGACGACGAAGACGACUACGACGAUGACGACGACGGCAACGAAGGGUCGAGCAAGCCCCCCGCUAGCUACCGGCCUCACCUGAGGUUCGCUUAUACGCAUUCGAUCGCGGACCGACUUCGCCGCCCACGGGCUCCGCUGGGGCAGGCCUUCGGGCAGCUGUCAACGACGGAGACGCCCCGCCCAAUGGACUCUCAGGAACAGGACAAAGGUAAAGACUCGCGCAGGGUAUCGACGUGGCGGCGGGCGGAGCCGGGAGGGCCGGGACCCGUGGACGGGGACGCUGUCGUUACCCGAGGUCGGGUGGCGCAGCUCACCAAGACCUUCAGCGUGGUCGGCUCCUCCGGCGCCGAGCCCCGCGCGAAGCCCCCCGUGCCGGUGAAGCCGAUCCACCUGCGGACGUCCUCCUCGGUCAAGCGCUCCCUGAGGUGAAGACACACCUGGACAGAUGCUGACUUCCCCUCCCCCCCGGACCCAGCGCUUUCCCACCCCCACCCAGAACAAGCGUGGCGCAACCUUGAACUCCUCAUCAGCAAUAAGUUAUUAGACCUCUAAGUUUCCUUUUCGUUUUUUCCUUUUUUUUUUUUACACUGUGAGGUGACGCAGUGACUCCAACGUAGCGCUGGUGCCUCACAGCUUCAUGGCCUCAGGUUUGGACGUGGGUUCGAAUCCGGCUCAGCGUGUGGAGUUUGCUGCUCCUCCCCCCCGUUCAUGUGCGUUUCGUUCAGCUGAUCUGGUUUCCUCCCACAGUCCAA